AUGCGAGAGAUUCCCCUGACGUCUCUGUCGCUGGCGGACUCUAAGCUGAAGACGGACCUCACCAUUGUGCUAAAUGCUCUGGGCAGCAACACCAGUCUGACCAGGGUGGAUAUCAGUGGGAACGCCAUGGGAGACAUGGGAGCUAAGAUGCUGGCCAAGGCCCUGCAGAUCAACAGCAAACUAAGGACGGUGAUCUGGGAUAAGAACAACAUCAGUCCUCAAGGUCUUCAGGAUGUAGCAGCUGCUCUGGAGAAAAACUUCACCAUCCGGUUCAUGCCCAUCCCCAUCAUCGAUGCGUCUCAGGCUCUCAAAGCCAGCCCAGAGAAGACUGAGGACGCCCUGCUCAAGAUUGAGAACUACCUGUUCCGGAACCAUGAGACUCGUCAAUACCUCCAGGAGCAGGCCUACCGCCUCCAACAGGGCAUCGUUACCACCACCACUCAGCAGAUGAUUGACAGGAUCUGUGUGAAAGUCCAGGACCAUCUCAACUCCCUGAGGAACUCAGAGACAGACGUGGUCUUGGAGGACGUCAAGACGGCUGAAAACCUGAUGAAGGAUGCCAGGAACUCCAAAACGCUGCUUCCUAACCUGUACCACCUGGGAGCAGCGUCCAGAGAAGAGGUCAACGGUCAGUCAGUAGGACCCAUCCAGGAGAAACUGGAGUCCAUGGCUGGAGAGGUGGCCAGGGUCAUGGAUGAACAGCUACAGGGUCUGUUGGAGUCCAUGGUGGAUGCUGCGGAGGGUCUCUGUCCCCAUGUGAUGAGGAAGACUAACCUUCGUCAGGACCUGAUCAAAGCCAGCACAGCUAAGAUGGUGGUUCCCCGUAGCUUCGUCAAGAACACCCUGCUGGAACAGUCUGGAGUCGACAUCAUCAACAAGAUCAGUGAGGUAAAGCUGAGCCUGGCUUCCUUCCUCUCAGACCGUAUCGUAGAUGAGAUCCUAGAAGCCCUGUCUGGCUCUCAGCACACACUGGCUGACCACCUGGUGAGGAAGGAGCGUCCUCUGGUCCAGCGGGAGUCUGUGGACCUGGACGUACCCGAGGAGAGGGCUCCUAAACGGGCCACCACGGAGCUGAAUGAGGCAGAAAGGCUGGAGGACCUAGAGACAUGCAUGAUGACUCCCAAGUCCAAGAGGAAAAGCAUCCACAGUAGGAUGCUCCGUCCAGUUUCUCGUGCCUUCGAGAUGGAGUUUGACCUUGACAAGGCCCUGGAAGAUGUUCCUAUCCACACAGAGGACCCUCCUGCACCUUCCCCUGCUCCUACCCCCUCGAGGUUAGAGAAGAGACCGUCAGGGGCCAUGGGAGAACUGCCCUCAGACGAGGCCAAAAAGCUGCAGCACUUCACCAAACUACGGCCUCGCAGGAACAAGAAGAUGCAGUCCAGUAAGAUACCGCAAAUCAGCAGCACCACGUCUCAGGACGGAGAGCAGAACGGCCUGCAUGGAAGGGUUGAUGAGGGGGUGGACGAGUUCUUCUCCAAGAAGGUCACCAAGAUGGACUCGAAGUUAGCGUUACGACUCAGCACUAUGAACAAUUACCUGUCCUCUUGCUCUUUCAGCCAUGUUUAUAUUGAACAGGUUAACUUUCUCCCUCUCUCCCUCUCUCUCUCACUCCCCCUCUCUCUGUCUCUCACUCCUCUCUCUCACUCUCCCUCUCUCUCUCACUCCCCCUCUCUCUGUCUCUCACUCCUCUCUCUCUCCCUCUCUCUCUCACUCCCCCCUCUCUCCGUCUCUCACUCCUCUCUCUCUCCCUCUCUCUCACUCCCCCCUCUCUCCGUCUCUCACUCCUCUCAUUCGCUCUCCCUCUCUCUCUCACUCCCAUCUCUCUGUCUCUCACUCCUCUCUUUCGCUCUCCCUCUUUCUCUCACUCCCCAUCUCUCUGUCUCUCACUCCUCUCUCUCUCCCUCUCUCUCUCACUCCCCCCUCUCUCCGUCUCUCACUCCUCUCAUUCGCUCUCCCUCUCUCUCUCACUCUCCCUCUCUCUCUCACUCCCCCCUCUCUCCGUCUCUCACU